AUUUCCGAAAGCACAACAGUAGGGAUGCACCAAGACAGAGAGCAGCUCUCCUAAAGCAGCAUCAGUAGCAGAGCAUUUAUACACACGCACUUAUACGCAUGCUCUAUUUUACCAGUCUGUUCUAAUUCAGGAUACAGUAAGACACAGUGACCUAGACUUCAGAGUAUAUGUGGAUUUAAACCAAGAGAUUUGGCAUCGUAAAUCAUGCACUGGUUGUAGCGGAUGAGGUGGAGGAAUUUACUAUUGCUGAGGAUGCCUCAGGCUGUGGGCCAGCUCUAUCUAACCAGGACAGGAAAUCUUAUGUGAGAGGUCAAAGAUUAUUUGCUUUAAUCAACCAUUACUCCAUCAGCCACGAUUUGCUCCUUGGUUUUGUAUCAAAAGGUGCAUCUGAGGCAGUAGCGGCGUGAAGGUUGGAGCCAGCUAAUCGGAGGAGAGAGAUGUGGCCCCAGGGACAGUGGGCUCCUCUGGCUGCGCUGUCAAUCAUUGUGCUGCUGUGGAAGGAGGCGGCUCCCAUUGAUGUCCCUCCAGAUCCAAGGAUUCAGCAGGACUUGAAACAGCCCCCUACUAUUGUGAAGGAGUCAGUCAAGGACUAUAUUGUGGAUCCCCGAGAUAACAUCAUCAUUGAGUGUGAGGCCAAAGGCAAUCCUGUACCAACGUUUUGGUGGAGACGAAAUGGGAAGUUCUUCAAUGUGGAGAAGGAUCCACGUGUGACCAUGCGGAAACGCUCGGGCACACUGGAGAUCAGCUUCAGGAAUGGAGGAAAGCCUGAGGACUAUGAGGGAGAAUACCAGUGUUUUGCUAUGAAUGACUUUGGCACUGCUAUAUCCAACAAAAUACUGCUGAGAGUUUCCAAGGCACCACUGUGGCCUAAAGAGGUUUUGGAGCCAGUGGUAGUAAGUGAGGGAUCAUCUCUGGUCCUGACCUGUAACCCACCUCCUGGCCUUCCACCACCUAAAACAUUCUGGAUGGACAGCAGAAUGAUGCCCAUAGAGCAGAAUGCUCGGGUGUCCAUGGGGCUGAAUGGAGAUCUUUACUUCUCUAAUGUGCUUGCUAAGGAUGCCAACACUGACUACAGCUGCAAUGCCCGAUUUCUCUUCACACACACCAUCCAACAGAAGAAUCCUUUCAUCCUCAAAGUCCAGACAAAAGAGCCUUAUAAUGACACUGUUUACUCUCCAAACGACACUUUUAUAUACAGUGAAUCACGUAACAUCCCAGAAUCAACACCAUCCUUUCUCUCUCCCUCUGGAAUAUCAAGCUCCAAGAUGGUUCUCCGGGGAGAAGAGCUUCUUCUGGAGUGCAUAGCUGCUGGAGUUCCAACUCCUAGAAUCCAAUGGUUUAAGAAAGGAGGGGAUUUACCGGAGAAAAAGGUCCAUUUAGAAAACUUUAAUAAAACCCUGAGCAUAAAGUCUGUUUCGGACGAGGAUUCUGGAGACUACAUCUGCAUGGCCAGUAAUAAGAUGGGCAGCAUCCGACACACUAUCUCCGUUCAGGUUAAAGCUGCUCCUUAUUGGCUGCAUACACCAUCUAACCUCGUGCUGGCUCCCAAUGAGAAUGGACAGCUGCAGUGUUUAGCCAGUGGAAACCCCAAACCCAACAUCCAGUGGCUUGUAAAUGGAGAGCCAAUAGAGAGCUCACUGGAAAAUCCUAGCAGGAAGGUGGUCGAUGAUGCAAUCAUUUUCAGCUCAGUACAAAUUGGCACUAGUGCUGUUUACCAAUGCAAUGCUUCAAAUGAGCAUGGCUACCUGCUGGCCAACGCUUUUGUCAACAUACUGGAUAUGGCACCCAGAUUAUUGGGACCCAAAAACCAGCUGAUUAAGGUGAUCGAAAACAAACAAUCCUUUCUGGAUUGCCCUUUUUUUGGCUCACCUUACCCAUUUGUUAGAUGGUUUAAGAAUGGCCAGGGUAUAGUUCCAAAUGGUGGGAAGUACAUCUUGCAUGAAAAUGGUACUCUGGAGAUCAAGAGAGUUCGACCUGAAGACGAGGGUACUUAUACUUUUGUGGCAAGCAACAUCCUGGGCAAAGCGGAGGACCAGGUCCGUUUGGAAGUCAAAGAGCCGACACGGAUUGUCCGAGCUCCAGAGCACCGCUCUUCCUUCAGAGGAAGUAUGGCUCGUUUUGACUGCAAGAUUAAGCACGAUUCUACCCUCCCCAUUACUGUCAUAUGGCUCAAAAAUGACAAGCCCCUGCAUGUUUCUUGGAUGAGCAAGUUUAAGAAGGAGGAAGACUCGCUGUCUAUUAGCAACAUUCAGCCUGAUGAUGAGGGAACAUAUACUUGCACAGUUACUACAGAGUUGGACCAGGACUCUGCAUCAGCCCGCCUUACAGUUUUAGAGGAUGAGUCCCUAACUCCCUCGAAAACUAGUGCCUUAGCAGAUCGCCCUGAUUCCCCCAAGGAUUUGGAGUUGUCUGAUCUAUCAGCACGCUCUGUCCGUCUUACUUGGAUCCCUGGCAAUGAAAACAAUAGUCCUAUUACACAAUACCUUGUUCAGUAUGAAGAAAAUCGGUGGAAACCAGGCGAAUGGCAAAAUCUGUCCAGUUACUCAGGUGAUCAGAACUCAGUGAACCUGAAUCUGUCCCCGUUUGUGAACUACCAGUUCAGAGUGAUCGCCAUCAACAGUGUGGGUCAAAGCCGUCCGAGCCGCCCAUCAGCUCGCUACCAGACCAGUGGAGCAGCUCCUUAUGUUUAUCCCAAUGGCCUAAAAGGUUGGGGUACCAAGAAAAACAAUAUGGAGAUCUCUUGGCAGCCCCUUCUUGAUAACCAAAGAAAUGGGCCUGAUCUACGUUAUGUCAUCUCAUGGAGGAGGAAAGAAUUGAAGGAGGAGUGGAAUAACAUCACCACUACUAAUACAAAGCAUAUCGUCAGUGAUACAGACACUUAUGUCCCAUAUGAGAUCAAGAUCCAGGCAGUUAACGACUUUGGUCCAGGCCCUGAAUCAAACAUAGUGAUUGGCUACUCAGGGGAGGACAGGCCUACGGAUGCACCUGGAGACCUCAGGGUGUCAAAAUUAAACAGCAAUAAAGUAAAUAUAAUUUGGAAUCCUGUUGAGGCCAAAUCCAUUAAUGGGGAGUUUAAAGAGUACAGGUUAUAUUACUGGAGGGAGGCAAGCCUGGUGAAAGACCUGAAGGUGAAUAAGGACAAGAAAACUAAAGGCUUCUUCAGUGACGCAUCUCAAAACAGUGGGGUCCUAAUGGACCUUGUCCCUUAUAGCAAAUACAAGAUGUACAUGGUGGUGGCCAACACCAAAUUUGAGGGACCACACAGCAACACUGUCGAGUUUCAGACCAAGGAAGGCUUGCCAGGGGCUCCUAAAUUCUUCAGGAUUGUCCAGAGGAAUGCCAGCACCAUUCGCCUAGAGUGGAAUAAGCCUCUAGAGCCGAAUGGAAUUCUGAUCGGAUACACACUUCAGUACAAGACAGUGAAUGGGACACAGGAGGGCAAGCUACAGGUUCUGAGUUUCUUCCCUAAUGAGACAGAGCACACCAUGCACCUGCCCGACCGAUUUACCCGCUACAAGUUCUACCUGUCAGCUCGGACGCAGGUUGGCUCUGGUGAGGUCUAUGCUGAGGAGUCACCUCACUUUGCCAAUGAAGAAGACUUUAUGACUUCAGGUACUGACCCUACAGGUGUAGCGAUCGAUUCUACAGAUGCCUUGGUGGUUACAUCUCUUCUCCCCCCCCUUGCCCCACCUGCUAUCCCAAGUCCAACCAUUACAACCUCAACAGCAACCACCCUUGCCCCUACUGACGCCAGUCCCACUACUCCUGCUCCAACUACGACAACAACAACUACUAUUACUACUACUACUACUGCUGCUACAACUACCAUUUCCAGUACUACCACCACUACAACCUACCCCACCCUGCCUUUCUUGCUGGCCCCGCAUGUAAAGAUCUGGAAUCUGACCGUGGAUGCUAACAGUGACUAUGCUAACGUCAGCUGGAAGCACAACUUCCCGGUUGACAGCAGCGAGUUUGUGCUAGAGUUCACACUGGACAGUAAUGGGUCUAUGAAAAGCGUGCUGUUCAAACAUGAACCCCCAAUUAAGCUGGCUGGGUUGAUAGCUGGAGCUAAGUACCGGCUCCGUGUGUAUUCCCACGAACAUCCCAGAGUCACCAGCGAGUAUGUCACCUUUGAGACCAGUGGAGCCCACAGUUCGGACGAAGUCGACAUAGCCACGCAGGGUUGGUUUAUUGGCCUCAUGUGUGCCAUCGCACUUCUUAUUCUCAUCCUGCUCAUUGUUUGCUUUAUCAAAAGAAGCCGGGGAGGAAAAUAUCCAGUGAGAGAUAAAAAAGACCUACCUUUGGACCCUGUGGACCACAAAGACCAGGAUGGAUCAUAUGAUUACCAGAACGAAAACAGCAGCGAUGAGGACAACAAACCUUUGCAGGGAAGUCAGACCUCUCUAGAUGGCAAUGUCAAGGAAAGUGAUGACAGUCUCGUAGACUAUGGUGAAGGAGGGGAUGGCCAGUUCAAUGAGGACGGAUCCUUCAUAGGCCAGUACACGGUCAGGAAGGAUAAGGAGGAGACAGAGGGCAACGAGAGCUCAGAGGCCACGUCGCCUGUUAAUGCCAUCUAUUCUCUGGCGUAGAAUCUCCGGAAUGAACAGAAGGCCAAAUGCACACACUAUUAAUUUAAUAUAUACAUAGAGAGAAAUCUGGAACCAUAUAUACACAAUUAACCUUGAGAUGCACAGUCCCUUUGAAGAAAGCAGGGGUGAGAAAGCAAACCCCUGGUGGAGGGAAAUCAGAACUCGGACUUCAGUGUGCCUUUAGGGCAAUGGGGCACAGGGAAGACACUGGCAACUUGAGACUUUCAAGCGUUUUCUGUGGCUUAUUUUUUUAUUUAUUUUUUUUCAAAAUUCCUGAACCCACAUUCACACUUUCUAAUAUCAUAGAAAAGCAGACACAAGCAACAGUCCUGUGACAUAUCAGUAGUGGGCCGAGUCGACAAAGGAACAUCAACAAUUGCCAAAAAAUAUGAUAGAUGCGUCAAUAAAAGAUAUAUGAAUGCUGUAAUCAGUGCUGGCACAGCUUGCUGUACCAUAAAAAUCUAUGCACUAUGUAUUACCAUAAUUUUUUUGGUUGAAAUUGGGUGAUCACAUUUAUUUUUUUUUUUAUAAUGCAAAAAGCAUUAAGUUACUGUUAAGUCACUGUUAAGUCACUAAAAUGCUAUACUUCCUGGCACCCGUGCCCUGGCAGUGGACAUGUCUGCUGUAGUUUGAUGCCUAUUUUUGCAAGUAUAUUUUCAUUGGCUGCAUCUAUAGCAUUUUUAAUGAUCACUGCUGAUGUUUAUAGAAGCUGAAGGCAAAUGCCAUCAUAAAUCUAAUUUAAAAAAAGUAAAAAAAAGAAUCAAACAAAAAAUUGCAUUAUUUUGGAGCAUGGUCGUGUUUGUGCAAGAGACAAUAGAGAGGUUGAAAAGAAGACUUUAUCUCUGUUAACUCAGUAAAACACAAUUGUAUAAUCAUUUUUUUUAUAUCCAGCACUAUAUAUUAGAUAAUGGGAAUAAUGAUGAUAAUGAUGAUGAUGAUAAUGAAAAUUAAUCCGCCAUCUGUUUUUCUUUCUAGUAUUUUGGGCUGUUGUCAUCGUUUUAGUAGGUUUGUUCUAGGGUGUUUAGGUACAAAUUAGAUGGAUAGAUGUGGAAGCAGUAAUGCUUAAUGGCACACAUAGGAAAAGAAAUACAUUAUCUAAGUUUUUUUUUUACAUCAAAGCCAUGCUUGAUAGUUUCGACCAUUUUAAUCGUCUAUAUCUCCCAUAUCUUACAGAAACAAAAAACCUAACGCAGAUCAAGACACAUAGAGUCUUGUUUCGCUAUUAAAACAUUGCAUGGUCAGAGGCUAUAUGAAAAGAUUAUUUAAAUUGCUUAAAUGGGGGACCAUACGAUUUAGCAUGCCUUCAUUUCAAUGCUUGGUUUCGACACUGCCUAAAAAGCAAAAGUCUAGUGGUGGGCGUGGCCACCUAGGAUCCUGCAAAUACAGCAACACAGCACCAAACACAGUUAGUUCAAGCAGAGGGCUCAGUAUAUGUAGAAGUAAAUAUUUAUUUGUAUUUAAUUUAUACAAUUUAUAUAAUUAAUAUAUUGGCAAUUAAUUUAAUGAACACCCAAUUUUAACCGCUUGUCUCAUGAGGUCACUGAAUAGUUUAACUUAAGGUACAAUAAAUAUGUGCUUUGAAAACAACAAUUGGACCCAUACUGUGUAAUAAUGGAUGGGUGGGAUAAGCUCAGUGGAUGUUUUAUCCACAAAUUCAAUGUAUCUAUCCAUUAAAUGUAUGUUUUAUCUGUUAAUAGUGCUGUUUCUUUUGUAUUACUGUUAUUGUAUUACUGUUCCAAUGUGUUGAUAUAUUUCAAUUUAUUUCUUGUCACUUUUACAUGACACAUGGAAAAAAUAUAUUGUUUGUUUAUUUUACUUGGACACAGUUUUGUGCUCUCUUUCAUAAAAUGUAAAUACUGAUUUACAGACGGGUGGCAAAUUAAAGGAAAACCUGGUGGCUCUUUUAUGCUCUGGAGGUCAUUUUGCUUGUAUGGUUUGGCUCCACUUGCAAAUCAAUAAGAUGUUCUGAUUGAUUAUCUUUAUUCAGAGAUCAAAAGAUUCAAGAUUUCUCUUUUGAUGGAAGUGGUUUGCCAGGAUGUACCCACAUCCAUCUACAGUUCACAAGGACUCAGUCAAUAAUUUAAUAAGGGUGAAAAUUAUAUAAGGGUAAAAAGCAUAUGCUGUGGCCUUCACAGUCACCAGAUCUCUACUCAAAUGAACACCUUUUCUUGGAGUAUUUGGAGUGACACAUUAAACAGCACUCUCCACCACCAUCCUUAAAGCUCUACGUAAGUGUAGUAGCUUCUCCAUAUAUGAGGAAGAAUAAAAGCCUUUCCUUUAAUACAGUUUAGGUAGAGUCUAUGCUUUGUCCAUUCAAGCUGUUCUGGUGGCUUGUGUUAGCCAAAUAAUUCAUUUUUUUUCCUCUUUUUUUUUUUUACUUUGUCACCCAUCUGUAGAUUUUUAACUUGGAAAUUAAACACUAACAAUGUUUGAAUAACAGGGAGUCCCCAAAGGUCUCAAAGCCCUCUAGUUUUUACCAAAAUCUUUCUGAGGGGAUUCACAUUGUUAUUGUAUUAGGCUGAAUGUCACAAAGUCAUAUCAUAUUUAUCAUAAGCUUGUGUGUCUGUAUAUUAACUUUCUGACAAAAGUAGCGAUAUAUAUAUAAUAUCUAAAGUGUUGUCAGGAGGCAUAUCCACAUCUAGCUGAGCUAAAGAUCAGCAGUAAUAAAUUGACAGUUGACAGUGACUGCAA